AUGUCUGAAACAGUCAAUACUACAACUACAUCUACUACGAGUACGAACUCAACAGUUGAUGUCGAAAAAGUUGAAUUACAAAAUGAUAAUAGUAAUAAUGAAAACAAUAUAGAUACAACUAAUAAUAAUAAUAAUGCCGAUGAAGAACAGAAACCUCUUUCGAAAGGUCAAAUGAAGAGAAAGAUCAAAGAAGAACGAUGGAAUCAAGUCAAGGAUCAACGUAAAGAGUAUCUAAAGCAGAAGAAGAAAGAGAUUAAGAAGAGAAAGCAUCAAGAGAUGUCUAGAGAACAAAAGUUGGAGAAGAAGCUAAAGAAACAAAAGAAGCAACGUGAUCCGUCCACCAUUGAAUACAGCGGCAAUGUAGUGCUCGACAUGGAGAUGUCAGACCUUAUGAACGAGAAGGAGAUGCGUAGCACUGUCAACCAGGUCUGCUACCUCUACGGUGCCAACACCAAGUCCGAGCAUCCACUUAAGAUUGCAAUCACCGGUUACAAAGGAAAGAUACGUGAUAUGAUGGAAGCAAUGAAUGGUGUACCCAAUUGGAAAUCAGUUAGUAAACAUGAACAAACAUAUAUGGAUCUAUUCAAUAACCAAGUCGAUGAUGAUGUUACUAAAGUAGUUAAUGAAAACGAGAAUAAUAAUAAUAAUAAUAACGAUAAUAAUGAUAACGAGAAUAAUGAUAAUAAUAAUAAUAACAACAAUAAUAAUAAUAGUGUUAAGAAAUUAAGUAAAGAUCAAUUAGUAUAUUUAACAGCAGAAUCACCGAAUAUUCUUCAAAAGAUUGACCCAACGAAACACUAUAUUAUUGGAUCGUUCGUUGACCAUAACAAACUCAAGGGUUAUACCUAUAAGAAAGCUACGGAACAAGGUAUCGCCACUGCCCAACUACCGAUUGCAGAGUAUAUUCAAUUAUCAUCUAGAAAGGUGUUGGCUAUUAAUCAUGUUUUUGAAAUUCUUUUACAGUUUGCACAUAACAACGAUUGGAAAGAAUCAUUUGAGAAAGUAAUACCAUCAAGAAAACAAACCAAAGAUGAAGAUGAAGACGAGUAUAUACAAAGUGAAUUGAACAACAAAAAUAAUAACAAUAAUAACAACAAUGAAAAACAACAAGAAGAGGAUGUUGCGACAACAUCGACAACCUCGACAGCAUCGACAACCUCGACAACAUCGACAACAACAACACAACAAAUUGAAGAAACAACCACAAAACAAUAA